UCUGCGCUUUUUCUUCCAUAAAAUCCUAACCUAAAAAACUAUUGUAUAUGAAAGUUUCAAAAGUAUUUUGACAUUUCCGAACUAAACCAAGUAUUUCUUACAGAGAAUGCGCGUAAAUAGUUUUUUUUUCUCAUUAAUUAUUACUUGUGAUUGAUAGUGAUUUACGUAUUUGUGAUUAGUAAUGAGCAAAAAUAAUGAAAAUCGUCAAGGAAGAAUAUGUUUGAUCCAAUAGCAACUUAUUUUAUUUCAUCGUUAUCUUUAUUGUAUUAAAACGAAGAAGACUGUCAAGAGGAAUUAAUAAAAAUGGAUCAAAUGCUACCGAGCCCAGGGUUCAGUAUCCCUAGUAUUGGAACUCCUUUACAUCAACCAGAAGAGGAUCAACAAAUUCUACCGAAUGCUUUGCAACAGCAGCAAUCACAGCAACAAUAUCAGUUACAACAAUUGCACACAAUGAGUCCAAAUUUACAGAGUGGAAUGUUAAUGUUGACGCCACAAAGAACAAUGCACACUUACGCUCCAACUCCUUCUUUUGCAACUCCACAAAGUUUAAUGCAACCACAGACCCCACAAAAUAUGAUGUCACCAAUAAUACAGCCCUCCAGUCAAAUAGCACCAGCUUCGAUGGGUCCAUCAACACCUGGUCCAAUGACACCAAUGACUCCAGCAUCAGCUGAUCCUGGAAUUCUACCACAAUUACAGAAUAUAGUGUCUACGGUAAAUUUGAAUUGUAAACUAGAUUUGAAGAAAAUAGCACUUCAUGCUAGGAAUGCUGAAUAUAAUCCGAAACGAUUUGCUGCGGUUAUAAUGAGGAUUCGUGAGCCACGUACAACGGCACUCAUAUUUAGCAGUGGAAAAAUGGUUUGCACUGGGGCUAAGAGUGAGGAAGAUUCUCGAUUAGCAGCAAGGAAGUAUGCCAGAAUAAUUCAAAAACUUGGAUUUCCAGCAAAGUUUCUGGAUUUUAAAAUACAGAACAUGGUGGGCAGCUGUGAUGUAAAGUUCCCAAUUAGAUUGGAAGGAUUGGUUUUGACUCAUGGUCAAUUCUCCUCGUACGAGCCUGAACUCUUCCCUGGAUUAAUUUAUCGCAUGGUCAAACCGAGAAUUGUAUUACUUAUAUUUGUCUCAGGGAAAGUGGUCCUUACAGGUGCAAAAGUACGGCAAGAGAUCUAUGAAGCAUUUGACAAUAUCUAUCCAAUUUUGAAGAGUUUCAAGAAACAAUGACACAUUCGUUUCGUGAUUCUGAACUUUUAUUGUAUGAGACUUUACACAAUUUUUAUCGUCAAAUACAAACCACAAAAAUAUGGACUCGAUUCCGGGACUUAUCAAUUCAUGAUUACAGUAUAUGUACAUUUACAGUUAUUAGUGGUAAUGAAUAUGACAAUUGUUGAUGAGUCGAAAACUUGUCAAAUGAAUAUUUGUUGAUAAGAAUUUAUAAAACUACAUUGUUUACAUGGAUUUCUCAUACAUAUUCUUUUUAAUUUCGAAUAAUUUUUAAUGUGUCGCUAAUAAAUGCUAUUACGGGCCAGAGUUUGAGCUUUG